GAAGACUACCGUGAUCAGCUCUAUACCCCAUCUCAGCCAACCAGCACUCCACCUACCUACCCAUCCGACACCACUACCAUGUGGAAACACGAAUCCCACGUAUUUAACUGUUUUUUCUACUCUUUUUAUUUUAUUUUUGUGUUUAUGAUCAGGCACGGACAAAGUGGAAUUGGGGAUGGACAAGGACAAGACCGAUGAAUCGGAAUUGCCUUCUGCCACGGCGGAUGCGAUGGAAACCUACGAGAAUAUUCAAUCCAAUAUUUAUAUUGGUUCAGCCACGGGACGAACGAUCGCUGAAGAGUCCAUGCCGUGCGAGUGUAAAUACGAACCAGGCGUCGACGAUCCCUCAGCGGCAUGCGGCGACGACGACUUUUGUAUUAAUCGCAUGAUGUUCAUGGAAUGUAUGGAAAGCGAUUGCUCAUGUGGUCGAUUUUGCCGGAAUCGUCGUUUCCAGUUGAGACAGUAUGCUCGAGUUGACGUCAUUCGAACUGUAAAAAAGGGUUUCGGCUUACGUGCAUUGACGGAUCUACCAAAAAAUUCAUUUAUUAUGGAAUAUAUCGGGGAAGUGAUACCCAAUAGCGAAUUCAUUCGGCGCACACGAGCUUACGAGGCAGAAGGUCUGAAGCAUUACUAUUUCAUGACGUUGAAAACGGAUGAGAUUAUUGAUGCAACAAAGAAGGGUUGCUUGGCACGCUUCAUUAAUCAUUCUUGCAAUCCAAAUUCGGUUACACAGAAAUGGGUGGUUGGUAAAACAAUGCGUAUCGGCAUUUUUACCACACGCUUUGUGAAAGCGGGCACGGAACUUACCUUUGAUUACAAAUUUGAACGUUAUGGUGCUGUGGCUCAAAAAUGUUUUUGUGAGGAACCCAACUGCAAAGGAUAUAUUGGUGGCGCGAUCAAAAAUGAGGAGGAUUCAGCUGGAACACCGACCGUUCCUACCUCGGAUGAAGAUGACACGGAUACCAUGGAGGCGGUGACCUUGACACAAAAGAAGAUGAUCCGCAAAAUGCGUCGACGUCGUGCUUCCGAACCGAUUCAUGAUCCAGAUGAAGUCCAGUCCUUUGUCAAGAAGAUGCUGGAUUCUGUCGGAAAAACACAUCUGGUCAACAAACUGUUGCAUCGCCUUGAAUUAACCAACGAUGAAAGCUCGUUGGGAAAAGAAGUGUUCAAAAAGUUUGUUCGUCUUCACGGUCUCAAAAUGUUGAAAUUCUGGUUGGGUGAAUGGAAAAAUGACCCUGAAAUCGUGCUCAAGGUGCUUCAAGUCUUGAAACGGUUGCCGUUGGCGAACAAGAAUGGACUUGAGGAUUGCAAGAUGUUUGAUAUUGUUCGUCGUUUCACUACGCAUGAUCAGGAGGACAUUCGUUCGCUUUCACAGACAUUAUUGGAUCAAUGGGAUCAGCUCAAGAGCGUCUACCGUAUUCCAAAGCGAGUGUAUGUGGAACCCAAAGUUCAGGAAACCGAUAUCACAGAAGAGAAUGGACAAACAAAACGUUACGAUGAAACAGAUGAUACCGAUAUGCCGGCUUACAAACGUCCGCGAUUUGAAUCUUCACGCGAAUUUUUUGAUCCGGACGACGACAUUUAUGAGCAUUUAUCACUCUACGCUGACGAGAUUGAGAUACGAUGGAAACUGGAGUAUCCACCCAUUGCUGUGAUUCCAACCGCACCCCGCGCCAUGCUGCAUGCCGCAGCAUAUCAAAUGUAUAACCGUUACGGGCGACCGGGAGAUGUGGCAACUAUCCCUACAGGCCCUGCCGCCACUCAGUCACCAUAUCCUUACCAAUACGCCCCGGCUGUUUCUGGAAGUACUAUAGGCGAUGUGGACCCCAGUGCCGAUGCUCGAUUUCAAUAUAGUCCUAUGGAAACGGAAACCUCUCAGCGAGCGGCAGCAUACCCUCAUCUGGCGUCCAGUUCCAAAGAGACGACGCCGGCGGAGGUGGGCAAAUCAUCUUAUUACGGGGAAUCGGGAGCGUGGCAAGAAGGGUAUUCCGCUCCGGCUACACCCAAACUCCCUCAGAACUGGGAGUCUGCGACGUGCGACAAUGGUAUGGUUUAUUACUACAACCGCCUGACCGGCAAGUCACAAUGGAAUUUCCCUGAAGAGAGAGUGAGUUCCAUUGAAGGUGUGAAUCAAUGCCAGCUCGACGGUUUAGUGGAGAAAGCGAUCAUGGAUGCAGAAAGGAAACGCCACGACUCGGCAAGCAGCAGUAGUCCGUCCAGUAAACCGGGUCGAUCACCGCAGUGUGUUACACCAUCUGCCAGUCGAAGUACGUCGUUUGAUCUGAUGACGGGGGAUGCUGGGUCUAGCGCGGCCAGUUCAGAGGACGUCAAAUUAAAGAAAGAAAUCAGCAAAAUUGUCACCAAAUACCUGAGUGCCAAGCACAAAUUGCUCUGGAAAGGCGACAAACAUUUGUUCAAAGAUCUGGCAAGAAAGAUAACACAUCACAUAUUUGAUCGCGAGACAAGUGCGGGAAAAAAGAUGCGUACGAUGAGCGCGAAUCUUCGCAUCAAGAUUGAAAAGUUUAUUGACAGUCAUGGUGUGAGCUUUGUACAGAAGCUGGAACGAGAACGAAAGAAGCGACCGACGACCAGCACGGAGGAUGCGCAAGAUCCAAAGCAGUCAGAGAGUCGUGCUACUAGUGUUUCCUUGGACACGGCGAAGGACGAGAGUGAACCUGCAUGGAAACCUGCUGAUACCAUAACGCCACGAUCCACCGUUUCCAGUCCCGCUCCUGUUGCAUCCCAUCUUGCGGCGCUCUCCAUUCGACACAACGUUCCACGCGAUGAUAAUCAUUAUGAUUACAGUCGCAGUAGUAGGGAUUCCUCUUCACCGUAUGGAAGAUCUUAUCGAGAUUCAGAACGCUAUGCGCCCGAUUAUUCCCGGACAUCGUCAUUCUAUCGCUCAUCCUAUUCUAAUCAUGAUUCCUAUUACCGCCGGUCCCCCUCUCCAUCAUCCUACCGUUCCAAUGAUCGUUACUAUUCCUCUGGAAAUACCUAUCGAUCGUCUCCUUACUAUCGAUCUUCCACUAAUUCAUCACGACGAGGGUCUCCGGAUAUGGACAGGGAUAGGGAUAGAUACAAUAGAUGGGAUUAAUAUGGUUUAUUUUCAUUUUUCUUUUUUUUUCUUGGUUUUCCCUUUUUACACUUAAUUUUCUUUUCUGGUUUGGUUAAACGGAUGGAAUGGAUGGCUCACUCUCUUUUUUUUUCUCCAUUCUUUCUUUCUGUGUUGAUGAACUUGUUUCUGAUUUUCUGUAAAUAUUACUCUUAAUCUUUUUUCUUUAUUUUCUCUCUUCAUUCUUUUCUUUUUUCUUCACCCACUUAUCAUUGUUGGAUUUGGAAAAAAGAACCUGUCGAUUUCUCAU